CAGAGUGCGCGCCAUGGCGGGGAUUUUGCGUAUUAAUAGUCGAAGAGAUCCAUGUUUAUGUUGCCACCCUAUCUCUAUCAAUCCACCCCUCCUUAUCAUUCCCAUAAGGGUCCGUUUCGAUUCCAGAGUUACCUCUUUGGCAGCCAAAUUUUGGGACGGACGUAAAAUCGGAGAGAGUCGGGUUUCUGGGCAUUGAUGGGUAUGUGUAAUGAGAAACUUGUGGGAUUUUUGAACAAUAGGUGGUUGGUUUUUGUGGCUGCAAUAUGGGUUCAAUCUUGCGCGGGAAUCGGGUAUCUUUUCGGAAGCAUAUCGCCGGUGAUCAAAACCAAUUUGAGUUACAGUCAGAGGCAAAUUGCGCGGCUCGGUGUGGCGAAAGACCUUGGGGAUAGUGUCGGUACUCUAGCUGGAACCUUGUUGGAGAUAUUGCCCUUCUGGGCAACUCUGUUGGUCGGUGCUAUCAGUAACUUUGUCGGGUAUGGUUGGAUUUGGCUCAUCGUCACUGGUCGAGCUCCCGUUUUGCCUCUCUGGGCUAUGUGCAUUCUUGUAUUUGUGGGAACGAAUGGGGAGACUUACUUCAAUACAGUUUCUCUGGUUUCUUGCGUACAAAACUUUCCAAAAAGCAGGGGUCCUGUGGUUGGGAUUUUGAAAGGCUUUGCUGGUUUAAGCGGUGCAAUCUUGACUCAGAUAUAUGCAAUCAUGCAUUCUCCUGAUUCAGCCGAUCUUAUAUUCAUGAUUGCAGUAGGUCCUGCACUGGUGGCUAUUGGCUUGAUGUUUUUUAUCAAACCUGUUGCCGGCCAUAGGCAAGUGCGGCGGUCUGACGCCAUGAGCUUUACUACUGUUUAUGGCGUCUGCCUCCUCUUGGCUGCAUAUUUGAUGGGUGUCAUGCUUGUUGAGGAUCUUGUUACCUUGAGCUCCACUGUGAUAGCCAUUUUUACUGCUGUUAUGUUUGUCAUCCUUCUUAUUCCCUUUUUGAUUCCGGUGGCGUCGACUUUGAGCUCAGAGACGACAACAUAUGCUGAGCAAGAGGCUCUCCUACAACCGUUACACAGACAGGAACCUGCUACAUCUGAAGCAGAUGGUAAUGAAGUGAUAUUAAGUGAGGUGGAAGAUGAAAAAUCAGAAGUAGAGGACUCAGUUCCUGCAUCAGAGAGACAAAAACGCAUUGCUCAGUUGCAAGCAAAACUCUUGCAAGCAGCUGCAGAAGGAGCAGUAAGAGUGCAGAGGAGGAAGGGUCCACGUAGAGGGGAAGAUUUCACUUUGGGUCAAGCUUUAAUCAAAGCAGACUUUUGGCUUAUAUUUCUCUCCCAUCUCCUUGGUUCUGGGACUGGAUUGACCGUGAUCGAUAACCUCGGACAGAUGAGCGAGUCCUUAGGCUAUGAUAAUACACAUAUUUUUGUGUCCCUCAUCAGCAUAUGGAACUUCCUCGGCCGUGUUGGUGGUGGCUACCUCUCUGAGAUUGCUGUCAGAGAUUAUGCUUAUCCAAGACCUAUUGCAAUGGCGAUUGCGCAACUCCUUAUGAUAUUUGGACAUCUCUUCAUCGGAAUGGGAUGGCCUGGAGCAAUGUACAUUGGAACUCUCAUAACAGGGCUCGGGUACGGGGCUCACUGGGCAAUUGUGCCUGCUACUGCCUCUGAAUUGUUUGGGUUGAAAAAGUUUGCUGCUUUAUACAACUUCAUCACUCUCUCUACUCCCAUGGGAUCUUUGAUAUUUUCUGGGUUAAUCACGAGCAGUAUCUAUGAUAAGGAAGCAGAGAAGCAAGCUCUCAAUCAUCUCUCACAGCUGCAGAGCUCCAAUGGACCGCUCAAGUGCGUGGGCACCAUAUGUUUCUCUCUAACUUGUAUGAUAAUGGCUGUUUUCUGCGCCAUUGCAGGCAUCUUAAGUUUGGUUUUGGUUCACCGGACCAGGGGUGUUUACUACAACCUCUAUGGAAAAUCUCGUUCGUCCUCGCUUUGUGUAAACUAGAUUUCACCAUUAUUCAUCAGUAAAUACAAAAUAUGCUAUGCAUUUAUUCGA